AUGGUUUUGCUCAUGGGCAUCAGAGAGGAGGAGCUCGUUCAACGCCUCAUCUCUAUGGACUCAGGUGCCCCUCUCCAGGACCUGGUCACCUGCUGCCGCUCGUAUGAGGCCGCCCGGAACACAGCAUCCGCCAUCCAGUCGUCUCCAAGUCAGCUGUUCUCCAUCUCUGCCUACAGACGGGGAAAGCGACGUGACAAGGCCGCCUCCUCACUUCAGCAACCGCCUUCGGAACAGCGAGGGAAGCCUGCAGCCGUUGACGUGUCCCAACCCUGCCAGUGUUGCUCCCGCCGGCACUCAUAUGGUCAGUGCCCUGCUGUCGACAGCACCUGUAGCAACUGCGGACGCAAGGGCCAUUGGGCAAAGACUGCCAGGUGCCCUGCCAAAGACACCCAAUGUCGUGCCUGUAAAAAGACUGGGCAUUACGACAAGUGCUGCAGGUUAACAAAUGCGACUCACAGCCAGAACAGCUCUCACGCUACGUCACAGAAGAAGAGCUCCUGCCGCAGUGUGACUCGCAGUCCAGCGUCUGAGGCCAUGACUCCUAAACCUGUGUGUAUUCACCUGACGCAUGGAGGAUCCACUUCCCACCUCCAAAUGCUGCCAGAUACAGGCGCGGACGUCACAGUCAUUGGCCAGCGACACCUCAGCAUUCUUCAAAUCCCCAGGGACAGCCUACAGCCUCUACCUCCCGUGCACACGCUGACGGCGGACGGUUCAGAGAUGGCACCUGCCCUGGGAUGUUUUCAAGCUACCUUACGGCUCGGGCAAAGUCUUGCAUCGCCCAGAUCCAAGUUCACGAUGGCGUCCAGACCCCACUCCUCUCCUAUGGCCACUGCAAGGAACUGGCCAUCAUCUCCCGGAGUUCCCGAAGCCGAUUCUCAAGCCCAUGCAGAUCCACCUGAAGGAGGGCGCUACACCGUUCGCCAUUCACACACCACGACAGAUCCCUUCGCAUUCCAGCAGCAAGUCAAGGAUGAGCUGGACUCCAUGGUGCGUCAAGGGAUAAUUGAGCCUGCCGGCGAUGAGCCGUCUGCCUGGUGUCACCCCUUGGUCGUCGUGGCUAAGGACAAGGGAGUUCGCAUCACGGUGGACCUCACAAAGCUCAAUAGCCAGGUUUCUCGCCCAGCUCACCCAGCACCAACACCUUACGCCGCUGUCCGCAGAGUCACUCCGUCAUCCCGCUUCUUCACGACAGCAGAUGCUCUGUGUGGGUACUGGCAGUUGGUACUUGACGAGAAGGAUCGCCACCUCACAACUUUCAUCACCCCGUUCGGCCGGUUUAGGCAUUGCCGAGGCCCCAUGGGCUUCGCAGCUACUGGUGACGCCUACUGCCACCGCGGCGACUUGGCACUCCAAGGGUUGGAGAAUUGUGUCAAGAGGAUUCAUCAGAUGCUCAGCAGAUGCAGAGAGCACGGGAUCACCCUCAACAAGGACAAGUUUUCAGUUGCCGAGCCUCAGGUCCGAUUCUGUGGCUACAACCUCUCCCCCUCUGGCAUCUCUGCAGGCGAAGACCGCGUCAGUGCAAUCCGGGACUUUCCUACGCCCGCGAACUUGACUGACCUCCGCUCCUUUAUGGGCUUAGUGAACCAGCUGUCAGAGUUCACCCCGGACAUAGCAGCCGCAGCCCAGCUUCUUCGCCCUCUCUUGAGCCCUAAACGGACGUUCACUUGGACAGCGGACCAUGAUGAAGCCUUCAACCAUGUCAAGACGGUGCUUCUCCAGCCGCCUGUUCUGGCCCACUUUGAUCCAGCGCUACCAGUCGUCCUCCAGACGGAUGCCUCCCGCCUUCAUGGGAUUGGGUACGCUCUCCUACAAGAUCACGGCCAAGGAUGCACACGACUAGUUCAAUGUGGCUCACGCUUCCUCACUGACGCUGAGACGCGCUACGCCACCAUUGAGCUCGAGCUGCUUGCCGUUGUAUGGGCCAUGUCCAAGUGUCGGCUCCACCUCAUAGGCCUACAGCACUUCACGCUGAUGACGGACCAUCGGCCACUGGUCCCGAUCCUGAAUGCCUACACUUUGGACGCGAUCGAGAAUCCCCGUCUCCAACGUCUGAAGGAGAAAAUCUCGCCCUACCUCUUCACAGCCGUAUGGCGCGCCGGGAAGUUGCUACGCAUCCCAGAUGCUCUGUCGAGAGCCCCAGUCAGCCACCCCACUCCUGAGGACGAGAUGGCGUGCACUGCUGCCACUGCCCACCUGCGGUGUGUCGUAGCUGCCAACGCUGAAGGCUCCGACCAAAACACACCACACCAUGACGCCGAUCGGACGCUCCAGGAGUUCAGAGCAGCAGCGAGGGCAGACCCGUCAUAUGCCCACCUCACCGCCUGCCUCUCCGCCGCCGCACCCUGUGCUCGUCUCCAUGACAGCCACCGCGGUGUGGAAGCCACUCGCCGUCGGGCGAGGCAGACUGUUUUCUGGCCUGGCAUUGACUCUGACAUCGCCAAUACUGUUCGUGCCAUAGGUCUCCUGGAGCUGCGUAACUCUCCCAACUAUACAGGACGGUCCCCUUCGCAACACCUCUAUGGCCACCCUCUUCGGUCCUGCGUCCCUGCCCACCCAGAGUCCUUCUCCGCGGACUGGCAGACCAAGACGGAGGAAUGCGACCGCCGCGCUGCCGCCCGAGCUGAACAGGUGCAGGCUCACUAUGACCAGCACGCCAGGCCCCUCCCCAAGCUGUGCAUUGGAGCCACAGUCCGCAUCCAGGACCCUGUGUCUCUCCGCUGGGAUAAGGUCGGUGUGGUCAUGGGCUGCAGCAGGAACAGGGAAUAUGAUGUUCGUCUCCCCAGCGGACGUGUCUGGCGACGUAACCGCCGUCUCCUGCGCCCAUUGCCGCCCCAUGGUGAUGAUCCUCCCCACCAUAUCCCUGUGGUUCCUUGCUCAGACGAGAAAAGUUCGUCUGCUUUACUUGCUGUCCCAGUUGCCCCACGUCGUUCCCAGCGGCUCAUGGGAAAGAGUUCCGCUCGAGACAGUGCUACGAGCGUGAGGGGGGAGGGAGGUUCAUUUGCUGGCGUACGUGCAGCAGCGUUGGCUCGACCCUUCCUCAGUGAGCUGGGUAUGAUUAGUGUCCCCCAGGGUUGCUCCAUCUCGGAGGUGCGAAACAAAUUCACUGAUGACGGUGAAUGUGUGGAUGAAAGGACGGACAAGAGACUCACAAAACUCGUCUAUGAAUUGGUGUGGUAUGGAUCAGCCAUUGCAAGCAAGAAGGAAAAGGAUGGUCUCCCUGAGUAG